ACGGACAGGAACCCACAUCGAGGGGGUUCAACUCAAAGAGUUUCUGAAUUAAAAAAGGAGAAUGUUUAGACAGAGGUGUUUCUCCCAUAGCGUGAACAAUAAGGUAGGUUGGUUGAUUGGAGGAACUGAUAUCAUUUGGUGGGAAUACAUUAGUAGAUGUUUUAGAUUUUACAGAAUCCAUAUUUAAAAAUAACUAUUGAAGUCCUAGUGACCCCACCCAUUAUGGGGUCAAACAAGAGGAUGCCGUCACAUGAAGCAUUUCCAUGGACCCUUACACCAUGGUCUCCCAGGAGCUAUACCCUCACAAUGCAGUCAACUAGAGCACAUCUUGUCUGACGUGUCCGCCCAGUCUGCAUCAAUCGGUUGACUCCAGGCCAAGGUCAAGAAUGAUUCAACGACCAGCCGAUUGACUCAAAUGGAGCCUGAUUUGAGCCUCCCGCUUAUCCGAAGCAGAGGCCAAAGCAGUGUGUUGGGGACGUUAUGUUGCCCCUCACCUACCAGGAUCCCCUUUCCAGCAUAUGGGAUACCACGCACGGCAAACACGUGGGUGGGCGUUCAGAUCUCAGGGAUGGUAAAGAAGAGUUACUAAACCAUCUCUGGGAGGCCCCUACACCAUGGACAGGAACCCACAUUGAGGGGCAGUGACUUCUGGAAUCGAAGCAAUAGAUAAAAACAUAUUAUCACAUUUGGAAUCAAAGAUUGGCAAAUUUAAAUUCUGCUCAAUUACUAUGGAUGAAAGCUCUGAAACAAAUGAUACUGCACAGUUGCUAUUAUUUAUAAGAGGUGUUGACAAAAACUUCUGUAUUACAGAUGAACUAGCAUGCAUGAGGUCAUUGAAGGGAACUACAACAGGGUCAGAUAUUUUUCACAAAUUUAUGGAAGGAAUUUCAACUUUGAAAGUACUGAUAAAUUGCAUAUGUAGUAUAACAACAGAUGAAGCAAGAAAUAUGACAGGGAAAAAAUCUGGAUUUGUUGAGAUCUUUAAUGAAAAAUAUCCAGAUAACAAUGUUAUAUUUCUACAUUGCAUCAUACAUCAAGACGCCCUGUGUAAAUCUGCUUUGGAUAUGAAGCUUGUGUUUGACGUUAUUGUGAAGCUGGUUAAUGCUAUUCGAUCUCAAGGGCUUGUUCACAGACAAUUUCCGGAGUUUCUAGAAUCCAUGCAAUCUGAGUACUCUGAUAUAUUGUACUACUCGAAAGUAAGGUGGCUUAGCACAAGACGUGUCUUCAAGAGAGUUUGGCAGCUGAAAGAUGAAAUAGUGACAUUCUUCCUUGAGAAACAGUGGUCUGUACAGCAUAAAAUCCUGGAAGAUACUGCAUGGCUUUCAGAUUUUACAUUUUUUAUGGAUUUUCUCUGCCACAUGAUCAAGUUGAAUGUCAAGAUGCAAGGCAAAAAUCAAUUUAUCGAUGAUAUCUGGAGCCAUCUCAAAGGUUUUAAACUACAACUUGUUCUAUUUGUGAAUAAGCUUGCUAAGAAUGACUUGUCUUACUUUCCAAGGUUAAAUUCCAUAGCCCCGGUGAUGAAGGAAAAGCUUAAGAGUUACGAAGAUAGUCUGAGAAGACUCCAUGGUGAAUUUGAACAAAGAUUUGAAGACUUCAGUGUCAUUGAAAGAAAUUAUCAGUAUGCCUUUUAAUGUGAACUGUGAAACAGUGAAACCGGACUUGCAACUUGAAUUACAAUGUAACACUCAACUCAAACAGUUGUUUUUUUAUGUUCCAAAAUUAGAGUUCUACAAGUCCUUGUCGAAAUCCACUUUCCCAAAUCUGAUAUCUCAUGCCCAGAAAGUUACUGCUAUGUUUGCUUCAUCAUAUAUAUGUGAACAGGUGUUUUCUACAGUGAAACUUCGAAAGAGUUGCCUUAGAAACAGACUAACAGAUGAACAUUUAACUUCUCUUCUAAAAAUAAGUGCAUCCCAGUUCAAACCAAAUUAUGAGAAACUUUUAAAAAUGUAGUCACAGUUUCAUUCAUCACAUUCUCAUUCAUAUUCUUUCAGUCAUUAAUAGGGCUUAGUAUCACAAAAAAUACAACAAGUUUGUAUAAUGUAACAUUGUUAUUUUUUAAUAAAUUAUAUUGGCCGCCUAAAGUUUUCUUCCUUUCCUUUGGCCCCCUCUUUAAAAAGUUUGCCCAUUACUGGUAUAGACUACAGAAAAGCAUUCGACAGUGUUCCACACAGUUGGCUGUACAUAUUCUACACAUAUACAAAAUACAUCCAUCACUCAUUGCAUUCUUCUAAAACACUACACAGUAUUGGAAAACGACACUACAUCUCAAGAUUACUAACACUUCCAUACAAACAAGCCAAAAAUUUAUUAAGCGAGGAAUUUUUCAAGGAUAUUCCUUGAGUUUUCUCUGGUUCUGCCUAGCCAUGAACCUAUUAUUCAACAUGUUA